UAAUUAUUAUUGUGAUCUUUUUCCUUCAAUUCAGGUGAAAGAAACUCAUUGUGGCCGGUCACAAUCACAAUGGCUAACAACACAGGAAACGACGCCAAGGGAAAAUUUCCCGAAAAAGAAGAGAUUGAGGACGUGUGUUUUGUCUGCAAGGAUGGUGGUAAACUCAUUGUGUGUGAUUACGAGAACUGUGGAAAAGUUUAUCACCCUGAUUGUCUUAAUAAGGAGGAUUCUUUUUUUGACAAUGUGGACUACUGGGUUUGUGACAGGCAUUAUUGUUGCGACUGCAAAAAAACCCCAGAGUUUUAUUGCCUUGGCUGUCCAAAAUCCAUGUGCAGAAAGUGUUUUGGUGAUUCGGAUUUCCUUAUUCUUAAAGGGAUAAAAGGGCUGUGCUUCUAUUGUUUCCAGCAGGUUGAGAUUAUACUAUUUAAUUUGGAAUAUGACGCAUACGGGGGAAUAUUACAACAAAGAAAAUAUAGUGCAUGUUUGGAAAGCUAA